UUGACGUAUAUGUGAAGACAAAAGCUCGAAAGUUUGCUUUAUGGAAUUCGCUACUGGACUGAUGGGGUUCACUUCGAUGAUGUAUUUUCAGUCUUUUUUCGACUUGCUUCGGCUGUGGAUGUGUAUUUCUCUCAAAGUUUAUUAGAUAAAUUUUAAGUUGUUUAAAUAUGAAAUAUUUACUAAAAAAAAAUUUUUAAAUAUAAACUAAAUAAAAAAGAAUAAAUAACUUUUUACAUACAAAAAAAAUUAAAAAAAUUAAUGAAAGUUGCUAAGUUCAAAGACUCAACAUUAAGUUUUUAGAGGCAUAGAGCAAAGUGCAUAAUUAAGCGGUAAAGCAAAAGUAGAAUAUUUUCCACUUUAAAUAAAAAGAAAACAAAACAAAAGUGAAAAAAAAAAUUAAGGCAAGUGGCCAAAAACGGGCAUGUUUGUUGUUAAGUAAGCUACGCGAAAACUAUUAGUAAAAUCAAUACAAAAGAGAAAAAACCAAAACAAAAUAUAACAAUUAGCAUAACCACGUUGUUGGCUAAAUAAAGUUUUUUUUUUUUUAAUGAAAAAUAUUUUUUAAAAACAACUGUGAGCUUAAAACUCUUAAAACACUUAUUAACAAAAAUCUUAAAAAAAUUCGUUUAUUCUAAAGUUUUGUGAUAUACAAAAAAAAAAAAACAAAAAAAAAAUUAAAUAUAAAAAAACAUGUCGCAAGCAACGCCAACUGCCACAAAUGUUAACAUUGGUGUCAGUAGUACACCUAUACGCAUUGGUUCAGGGUCCGGCAGUUUUCAUGGACAACACGGCAGCAGUAAUAGUUCUGCAACUAUUGGUACAGCCCAACGUCAGCACCACCACUCACACCAAGGGGCUGGUACUGGUAAUGAAUCGUCUUCACCAGGCGGCUCAGCAGUCGGACAACAGUCGAGCAGUGUACCCACUACAGCUGUUGGCCAAUUGCAAAUGCAGAGUAACACUUCUCUAGCCAUAGGAGCAUCAAACCAGUCGCUCGGUGUGUUAGCAGGUGGCGCUGCUGGAGCUGGUAGUGCGAAUAUUACACCUCCAAACAGUGCUGGCAUCAAGCAAGCUGGUGGUAAGUCCAAGUGCUUCAUUGCUUUACGUGUAUUUUUGUGUGUUGUCAACAAAUUUUGUUUUAAAUGCGUGGUUAUAUGA